AUGUAUCAACAGACGCAGAAAAAACACGAUCAAAAAUUUACUUGUUCUUUUUCUGGAUCACAUACUUUAAAAAUACCUAAUUUUAAACAAACUACGUUGCAAAAUAUGGUAAAUAAUGUAUCGUCUAAUCGUAUGAUUUCAGAGCCUUUGAAAUGUGUGGAUGCAUCUAGUCUUAAUAUUCGUUCUAUAUCUAUAACUCGUGAAUCUAAUUCUGCUUUUAAUAAUAUUUGUAAUACCAAAAAAAAUCAGAAACAUGGUUCUUCAAGUAUAAAGUUCCUUGAAACAUUAAGCCGUCAGAGUAAAACGUUAAGUACUAGUAUGUCUUUGCAGGAUGCAAAUGACGAGAAUUCUGUUGAUCGUAUAUAUAUCGGUAAAAAUGAUAUUGAUGAUAAUUUAAAUUCGGAUUCCGAAUGUGAUGAAUCGUUUUAUUCUUGGUCCCCUUCGUCAUUGGAGUAUCAGCAUUUGAUUCUACCUGAAUUUAGAAAUAAGUUUUGUAGUGAUUGUCAGCUUCCUGAUUCUAUAUCUCGAUCUGAAUUAUCUAUGACAUCUUGUGAAAACUCUUCUUGUAAAACAAAAAUGCAUAUUCCUUUGAAUUUAUUAGAAACGAGUUUAGGUAGUCCUGGUGAUUCUGUGAAGGAUAUGAAUUUAAAAGUUCAAGCUUUUCAUGAUAAUGAGAAUUGUACUUUAUUUUCAUCGGUUUCUGGAAUCCACACUGCGUUGCAACUGGAUGAGAAAAAUGAAAAGCAUCAAAGCUUUGGGAAAAGUUGUCAUUUGGAUAAAAUUGAAUGUUCUUCUUUGACUAGUGAAUUUGAAAUAAAAAAUCGUAAAAGAAUUGUUUCUGAUAUAUCGAGUAAUUCAGAUACUUAUGGUAUUGAUGGCAUUCAGGAUUGUAAAUCUGAUAUUAGAAAUGUUCAAAAAGGUUCUAUAGGGCGAAAUAUUAAUAGAAAAUUUCCUGGUCUUUUUCUUUCUGAAGAACAAAAAACUGUUCUUAGGAUUGUUGUUGAGGAACAAAAGAGUAUUUUUUUUACUGGAUCUGCUGGCACUGGAAAAUCUAUUCUUUUGCGGGAGAUUAUUGCUUCACUUCGUAAGAAAUAUUCUAAAGAGCCUGAUCGUGUUGCUAUUACUGCUUCAACGGGUUUGGCUGCAUGUAAUAUUGGUGGCGUUACUCUUCAUUCGUAUGCUGGUAUUGGCUUAGGUAGAGAUUCAUCAGAAGAUCUAUGUAAGAAAAUUAGAAGAAAUAAGAAGUGUUUAUCUAGAUGGUUAAGAACAAAGGUUCUUGUUAUAGAUGAAAUUUCAAUGGUGGAUGCUGAGUUAUUUGAUAAACUUGAAAAUAUUGCUAGAAAAUUAAGAAAUAAUGAAAAUUCAUUCGGUGGAAUUCAAGUAAUUGUAACUGGUGAUUUUUUUCAGCUUCCUCCUGUACCUGAUCAAGGGAAAAUGGCUAAAUUUGCCUUUGAAGCUGAAAAGUGGAAAGAUGUUAUUUCUCAUACCAUAGCAUUGACUCAUGUUUUUCGUCAAAAGGAUCAAGAUUUUGUUGAAAUGCUUAAUGAAUUGCGUUUGGGACACUUGUCUCAUAGUUCUAUUAAGAAAUUUCGUUCUUUAGAUAGAGAACUCCAGUUUGAUGAUGGUCUUGAGCCUACAGAGCUGUUCCCUACACGCAGUGAGGUCGAUAAGGCAAAUGCAACUCGUAUGCGUGCUCUUAGUGGUACUUUACGAACAUUUGAAGCAUUAGAUUCUGGGACUGUUGUUGAUAAAGUUCAAAGGGAUAAACUGCUUUCUAAUUGUAUGGCACCAGCUCGAAUAGAUCUUAAAGAAGGUGCACAAGUAAUGUUGAUAAAAAAUUUCGAUGAUCAGUUAGUAAAUGGGUCAUUGGGGAAAGUUAUAGGAUUUAUGAAUGAAAAAACAUUUCAAAUAUGGCAAGAGGACGAUCCUGAUGAUGAUCUAUUUAAUUGUCAUGAGCAAGCAGAUGAUUUUAAUGUCGAUGAGAUAAAAAGACGUAAAAAGAGAAGAAUAGCAAAAAUGCAGUCUGCAGCUGCUACAGGGAAGCUUUGGCCUCUUGUUAGGUUUACUUUGUCUAAUGGCUUAACCCGAGAUAUGUUAGUUCAGCCUGAACAGUGGAAAAUAGAGCUUCCAAAUGGUGAAGUGCAAGCAAGUCGUUCUCAGAUACCACUUAUUUUAGCCUAUGCAAUUAGUAUUCAUAAAGCUCAAGGUCAGACUUUAGAAAGAGUGAAAGUUGAUUUAGGGAGAGUUUUUGAAAAAGGGCAAGCUUAUGUUGCUUUGUCUCGUGCUACUUCUCAGAAAGGGCUCCAGGUUUUGCGUUUUGAAGCACGGAAAGUAAUGGCACAUCCUAAAGUGAGUUUGUUUUAUAAAAGCCUUGUAAACACUGUUGAUUUAAAAAAAAAAGUGAAUAUAAGGUCUGAUUUAAAUAAAAAAACAUAG